UAAGUUCUUUUAACCCUGGGGCGCAAGGACAACUCAAGCGCCGCGAUGGUGGACUACUACAGGGUCCUCGAAGUACCACGCGGCGCUUCUACCGCUGAUAUCAAGAAGGCAUACCGUAAGCUAGCGCUGAAAUGGCAUCCAGACAAGAAUCCAGAGAACAUGGACGAGGCGACGAAACGUUUCAAAGAGAUCUCCGAAGCAUACGAAGUCCUUUCAGAUGAUUCGAAACGCAAGAUAUACGACAGCAGGAGUUCCCAGAGGUCUAGCAGUAGAACGGCGCGCUCCUUCAGGACGUACUUCGACUCGCACACCCCUUUCCAUCGGUUCUUCGAGAAGAAAAGGCGCAUGUACGAUCAAUACGGAAAAGAAGGUUUGAUCAAUGGUGGAAGUCCGAGAGGCCGCAGCAGACACGAGGAUGACUUCGACAUGGACUUUGGUUUCUUCACGUUCAGAGAUCCCGAAGACGUGUUCAGGGAGUUCUUUGGGGAUUCCCCGUUGGGCGGUUUGUUUGGAGAAUUACACCAUGUCCACGGUCAUAGAGAUAGGAGACGCAACCGCAACUCUCAUCCGCAGACGGCGCUCAGUUCACAGCUCUUCAGCCCGUUCGGCUUCAGCUUGGGCAGCAGCAUCAUGGACGAGUUUUUGGGAUCACACGGAGGCGGCGGCUUCAGCUCCUUCAGCACGUUCAACGGCUCCUUCACGAACGGCGGCGGUAGUAACGUUAACAUGAAGAGGACAUCGACGUCCACCAAAUUCGUUAACGGAAAGAAGAUCACAACCAAGAAGGUGUUUGAGAACGGAAAGGAGACGGUGAUGUCCUACGAGAACGAUGUCUUGAAGUCGAAAACGGUGAACGGGGUGUCACAGAGUAUAGGUUACAGUUAAGCGUAAUCCAGCCGCGCCAUGGAGAUGAUGAACGAGAAGAGAUCGUAUAAAUAUAUAUUUUUUAAAUGUGUCUUUAAUUAUAUAAUUCAACAAAUCUGGACGGAAGGAAUGUGUUUCGUGGCCUACACUGUUCUACACCACACCAAAAAAAAAAAACAACAACAACAAUAAACAACAAAAAUAAAACCCUGAUGAUCCUCCUCCUCCACACGCGGCAAAAUUUUUCAGUUGAAUUUCGGAUGCGAAGAUCAACGUUGUAAACACACAAAACACAUACACAAAAAAAAAGACUUACUCUCCACCGACGCAACCUGUCCCAUGAAGAUUAUUUAAAUUUUGUUUAUUAUAAUUAUAAUUAUUAUUACUAUAUUAUAUUAAAUUCUGAUUUCAGAAUGUCCACCUGUAUCUUUAUUUACUAAGGAGCUAGUUAGCUUUUUAUUUAAUAGUCAUUUAGUUAUUUUUUUUUUGUUCGUUCUUUCGUUUCUUCACAACAUUUAUUAUUAUUUUUUUUAAUAAGAAACCCGAGCUGUGAGGUUUCCCUAACGUAUAAUAUAUUUUUAUUAUUAUUA